AUGUCCCCCAUCUCCGUGUCCCACCCGGGCGACCAAGGAAACCAAAAGGAAUCCUACACCCAACUCCCGGACACCGACCUCGACUCCAUCGGCCGCCACUGCCAACUCUCCUACUGCAACCAACUCGACUUCCUCCCCUUCCACUGCUCCUCGUGCAAAGGCACCUUCUGUCUCGACCACCGCAGCGAAACAGCACAUAAAUGCCCUCGUGCGGGCGAAUGGGCACGCGCUCAGAACCCCUCCCCCUCACCCAGCAGUGCAUCCAGCGCCUCAAGCCAGAAACCGACAGUUUACAACAGUGAUCAAUGCGCAGAGAUAUCGUGCAAAACGCUGAUCCGGACGCUGAAGGAUCCGGGAGUCACGUGUCCGGAGUGUCGGCAGAGCUUUUGUUUAAAGCAUCGGUUGAGAGAGGAGCAUGACUGUCGGCCGAAGAAAGGGGGUAAUAAUUCGGGGGGAGCUGUUGGAGCGGCGGGGGCAGAGACGCUCAAGUCGAUGUUUGCGAAAAUGAGGACGUGGGGGAAGAAUGCAGCUUCUACAUCUACGGGAGGGGCGGGAGGAAGAGCAGGGGACAGAGGAAUGAGUCGUGUCGCUCAAGUCAAUGCUAUGAAACGGUCUGCGAAGGGUGAUGCCAAUGUGCCUGUUGAUAAACGGGUGUAUCUUGCUGUGGUGGGGACGAGUGAGACAACGACCCGGGCGGCGACGGAUCCUCCCCGCGGAGAGUUUUGGUAUGAUGGGCGGUGGAAGGUGGGACGGGUGUUGGAUGAUGCGGCGAGACGGUUGCAGGUUGAGAAUAUGAAUAAUCGGGGAGGAGGGGAGGAGGAGAGGUUGAGGGUGUUUCAUGUGGAGGGGGGAGUGUUUUUGGAGUUUAGUGAUGCGAUUGGAGAGAAGGUGAAGUCGGGGGAUACGGUGGUGUUGUUGAGAGGGGCAGGGGUGAUUUUGUGA